AUGGCCGAAGAAAAGGAGAACUUCCAGGAGGUCUCCUCAAAUGCUAUGAAGUUCGAGGACUUACAUGAGUUUUCAAAUAUAUUCGCUUCCGAAUUUAAUAACAACAGCAUACACGACCGUGUACUAUGUUUUGAAAUCCUUGAUUGCGAAGACUCUGUGAAUGAGAAGGCUGAGACUUUACUUCCUUGCGAUAGUGAAACAAUACCAACCAAUUGCAAACCAGUAGAACUGGAGACUCAAGUGGACAGCUCAGAAUGCGGUGAUCAAAGUGACGAGAAACAAACAUGCAUUGAUGAAUCAAAGAAGAGUGUCAAGACAGCCAUCGAGGAAAUGUCACUCAUGAGUGGCAUGAAGAAAGGGCCAGAUUAUGCAAAGGAAGAUUGUGAACGACCAUGUAAAGAAGAUGACAGUAAAAUAUCUGAGGCGUUUGAGGAUGAUCAAAAAGAAAAAACUGAUAAUGGUAGUGCCAUUGUUGAGGAAAAGAUAUUCCUGAAAAAAUUAUAUGUUCACAGCCAGUGGCUAGCAGUUCAGAGUCCAUAUUUCAAGGCACUUUUCUAUUCUGGCAUGAAAGAAAGUUAUACUAAAGACGUAGUAAUGAAGGUCCAUGAAAAUGAAAUCGAAGCUCAUACAACUUUAAUUGAAGCGAUGUACACGCUUGAUGUUCUCAAUGGCAAAGACCUACGUCUUGUUGUGAAAACUUUUGUCCUUGCAAACAAGUAUGAUGUAUCGUUUGUGGCUAAGAAAUGCAAGUAUGUUAUGUUGUCAUCAAGAUUAGAUAUGGAGACGUGUGAAUAUAUUCUUGAAGAAAUAGAGAAUCUGUCAAACACGGAAGAUUUAUUUAAUAUGAUUGAGCAGUUCCUUGUGGAAGAAUUUACCCCAAUUGACAAGACGUGGACGAUGGAUAAGUUUUCGACAUUGUCUGAGGCGUCCCUAAAGCUUCUUUUAGGCAGCGAUAGCUUGGCCAUACUCUCUGAAAACACAAUAUUUGUUGCAUUGAUGAAAUGGGUUGACUUACAUGUGCCGCGUUAUGAACGCCAUAAAUGUGAUCUGUUAAAGGUUGUGAGAUUUCAGUUUAUGUCUGUCGAUUUUUUAUAUGAUGUUGUACAGCAUCAUGUCGUGGCAAAACAAAUGCGUGGAUUUAACUCGUACGUUUGGAACGGUUUAGCAUAUCACGGAUUUUCGCACAUGCGACGAGAAAAACUCGAAGAUAAACCAAUAGAACGACCGAUCUUACAAGAGAAGGAUCCCACGUUUUCUUGGAAGGUCGAUGAAGAACUUGACAAGAAGUUAUCGAAUUCUAGAGGAAAAUCCAGUUAUUCAACUAUAUUUUGGUUUAAAGGAUAUAGCAUGGAACUCGAGCUAGCUUAUCUAAAUGAUUCCAAGCAUUGUAGAUUUUAUCUUCGUGUCCUUCACAUGAGGAAAGGUGCAUAUUUGAAUCUCAGUUGCACAGCCAAAUCAAAUUUAUUUGCUAAUAGGUCAAUUCAGAUAAAACAAAUAUUCACGGACGAAUCCAACGCUUGGGGAUACCAAAGUGUGAAACGUAGUACGAUUCCCCUGGGAAAAUGCUACACAAUUGAUGUCUGGGUGAAGUCAGUUUAAUAAAAAAUGCUGAUAUUAAUGUAUUAAAAUUGUUAAUAUUGAAAUCCUUGAAAAUCUUGGAUUUACCAAAAUGAGAGCUGAAUUGAGGAAAGAUUGAAAAUGUUGGUUGCAUUAUACGUGAAAGGCAAGUCUAUAUGUAAACAAACUUAGUUAUAGUUUGUUCAGAAAAUUUCGAAAAACGUGGACAAUGUUUAUAUCAGGGUCCUCACAUUCUUAUUCUAUGAAAAAUAAUGGAUUGAUGUGAUGUACUGCGUCUGCAAUGUAAAAAUGAGAUUUAUACACGAGUGGCUAAGGAGAAUAUUUUCUCCUCCAUGGUGGAAAUGAGAGCAAGAACAGAGACAACAAAAAAGAAUGGACGAGUUUAAAAGGGAGUUUAAUUUAAAAAUGUCAAAUGAAUGUGUUAGAAUAUAAUUAUUUAAACUUUAAUUUAUCAUAAAAUACUAGAUAUCAUUUACAUAAAUCAAU